GGGAGCCCGGCGCGCGCGGCGGCCGGAGGGGCCGGGAAGGAGCGGGAAGGGCCGGGAAGGGCCGGGCCCGCGGGCGGCGGGAGCUGCGGAAUUCCAGCGGCGAGGCUCGCGGCGGCGGCGGCCGAGCGGCGGAGACGGGACGUAGCCCGCCCGCCCGCCCGCCCACUCAGUCUCCUCCUCGGAACCCCUCGGCGGCGCCGGAGCCGGCGGCGGGGAGGAUGCCGUCCGUGAGCCUGCCGCCCAAGGAGAACGCGCUCUUCAAGCGCAUCCUGAGGUGUUAUGAACAUAAGCAGUAUAGAAAUGGGCUGAAGUUCUGUAAACAGAUCCUUUCCAAUCCCAAGUUUGCAGAACAUGGAGAAACCUUGGCAAUGAAAGGACUGACACUGAACUGUCUUGGGAAGAAAGAGGAGGCUUAUGAACUUGUGCGCAGAGGCCUGAGGAAUGACCUGAAGAGUCAUGUCUGUUGGCACGUCUAUGGCCUUCUUCAGAGGUCAGACAAGAAGUAUGAUGAAGCUAUCAAAUGCUACAGAAAUGCACUGAAAUGGGACAAAGACAAUCUUCAAAUCCUGAGAGACCUUUCUCUGCUACAGAUUCAAAUGAGGGAUCUUGAAGGGUACAGGGAAACAAGAUACCAGUUGCUUCAGCUCCGACCCGCACAGCGAGCAUCAUGGAUCGGUUAUGCCAUCGCUUACCAUUUGCUGGAAGACUACGAAAUGGCAGCAAAAAUUUUAGAGGAAUUUAGGAAGACACAGCAGACAUCACCUGACAAAGUGGACUAUGAGUACAGUGAGCUGCUGCUCUAUCAAAACCAAGUCCUCCGGGAAGCAGGGCUUUUUAAAGAAGCCUUGGAGCAUCUUUGUACCUAUGAAAAGCAGAUCUGUGAUAAACUGGCUGUUGAAGAAACUAAAGGAGAACUCCUGCUUCAGCUUGGCAGACUUGAAGAAGCAGUUGAUGUCUACAAGGGACUGCAAGAAAGAAAUCCUGAAAACUGGGCUUAUUACAAAGGCUUAGAAAAGGCACUUAAGCCAGCUAAUAUGAUGGAGAGACUAAAGAUCUAUGAGGAGGCCUGGACUAAAUACCCAAGGGGACUAGUUCCAAGAAGAUUACCAUUAAACUUUUUGUCUGGUGAAAAGUUCAAGGAAUGUCUGGACAAGUUCUUAAGGAUGAAUUUCAGCAAAGGUUGCCCACCAGUCUUCAACACUUUGAGGUCAUUAUAUAAAGACAAAGAGAAGGUGGCAAUCAUAGAAGAGCUCGUGAUAGGUUAUGAAACCUCUCUAAGAAGCUGCAGGUUAUUUAACCCAAAUGAUGAUGGUAAAGAAGAACCUCCAACCACUUUACUCUGGGUCCAGUAUUACUUGGCUCAGCAUUAUGAUAAAAUUGGACUGCCAUCCCUGGCUCUAGAAUAUAUAAAUGCUGCUAUAGAAAGUACUCCCACUUUGAUAGAACUCUUCCUUGUGAAGGCAAAAAUUUAUAAGCAUGCUGGAAAUAUUAAAGAAGCUGCAAGGUGGAUGGAUGAAGCUCAGGCUUUGGACACAGCAGACAGAUUUAUCAACUCCAAAUGUGCAAAAUAUAUGUUGAAAGCAAACUCCAUUAAAGAAGCUGAAGAAAUGUGUUCUAAGUUUACACGGGAAGGAACCUCGGCAGUAGAGAACCUUAAUGAAAUGCAGUGCAUGUGGUUUCAGACAGAGUGUGCACAGGCCUACAAGGCAAUGAACAAAUUUGGAGAAGCACUUAAGAAAUGCCAUGAAAUUGAGAGACACUUUGUAGAAAUCACGGAUGACCAGUUCGACUUCCACACCUACUGCAUGAGGAAGAUCACCCUCAGGUCUUAUGUGGAUUUGUUAAAACUAGAAGAUGUGCUUCGACAACACCCCUUCUACUUCAAAGCAGCACGCAUUGCCAUAGAGAUCUACUUGAAACUUCAUGAUAAUCCCCUAACAGAUGAGAAUAAAGAGCAUGAGGCUGACACAGCAAACAUGUCUGACAAGGAGCUAAAGAAGCUACGAAAUAAGCAGAGAAGAGCCCAGAAGAAAGCACAACUGGAGGAGGAGAAGAAAAAUGCUGAGAAGGAGAAGCAACAGAGGAAUCAGAAAAAGAAGAAGGAUGAUGAUGAUGAAGAAAUUGGAGGACCGAAAGAGGAACUGAUCCCUGAGAAACUGGCAAAGGUUGAAGCACCUUUGGAAGAAGCCAUUAAAUUUUUAACACCCUUGAAGAAUUUAGUGAAGAACAAAAUAGAGACUCAUCUUUUUGCCUUUGAGAUUUAUUUUCGAAAAGAGAAGUUCCUUCUGAUGCUUCAGUCUGUGAAGAGAGCCUUUGCCAUUGAUUCCAGUCAUCCUUGGCUCCACGAGUGCAUGAUUCAUCUCUUCAGCAGUGUAUCUGAAAGUAAGGAUCUGCCUGAUGCUGUUAGAACAGUGUUAAACCAAGAAAUGAAUCGGCUUUUUGGAGCAACUAAUCCAAAGAACUUCAAUGAAGCUUUCCUUAAAAGGAACUAUGACUCACUGCCACAUAGGUUAUCAGCUGCCAAAAUGAUGUACUACUUAGAUCCUUCCAGUCAGAAAAGGGCAGUGGAACUGGCAAUGACCCUGGAUGAAUCCCUUAUUAACAGAAAUCUUCAGACUUGUAUGGAGGUAUUAGAAGCUUUAUGUGACGGUAGCCUUGGAGACUGUAAAGAAGCAUCUGAAACUUACAGAGCAAAUUGUCAUAAGCUUUUCCCUUAUGCUUUGGCUUUCAUGCCCCCUGGAUAUGAAGAGGAUAUGAAGAUCACAGUUAAUGGAGAUAGUUCUGCAGAACCUGAAGAACUGGCCAAUGAAAUAUGAACAACUUUAUUGCAAAAAAAUGACGUUGGACCAUAUCUGGUGUAUAAUAUUUUUGUCACGCACCUGCUGAAUUGUUCUAACUUACACAAAGAACAGAAGGAAAAAAACCCCGUUGCCUUCAAAUAGUUUUACUUUUUUUUUAUCCUGCUGACAAAGUAUAUAUAUAAAAUAUCUAACAUAUUACUGGUUAUAGAUUGUUUGGUUUCUUAAAAAUUAAAAGCUGCUAAAAUUGAAAAAAAGGAAAAAAUAAACAACCCUUUUCCUCACCUACCCACCCAUGUUUUUAAACUAAUUUAUAUGAGACCUGGAGGUGUAUAGCCCUCAGAGCAGGUGUGUGGCAGAAAUAUUAAAUUUAAAUUUGUCUUGUGAGAUUACUGUUAUCUCAGACAGCAAAACUGCUGUUUUAGCACUGGAUUCUUUCACUGAGCACAAAGAGUUGAUGGGGCUUUAGCAUCUGACUGAUUUUGAUACGGGGGAUGAUUGUGUCCAUAGGAAGUAUGCAAUGUGAAUCAGAAUAUAGAGAAACCCACAACGUACUUGUUACGUUGGGGUGCUUGGACAUACGGAUAUCAACCAGAAUUAAGAAACAUAGUGUGUUCAAUAAGCUUGUUGUGUCUCUGAAAUUCACUGUACACGAUCAGUUCGGUGUUCUUGCACCACAGUUUUUACCUGAAGGAAGGAACCAGUUACAAUGGUCUCUCUUGGAAUUAAACUCGGGGUGGGGAGGGGAGAAUCAGCAUUGCUGUUCUUGAGAUGAACCUAUCGGCAUAGGUUGGCCAAACUUUUUAAAACUGUAAUGCAAGAACCAAAUAAAAUUAUGCACUGUGAUGUGGCACCAAUUAGAAAGAUCGCAUGCAUUUUUCACGUAGAGUGAAAACAAAAUGAGAACAUACUAUGGCUUGAAGUUGCAAAGAGGAAAACUCCUGACUACCAUUUUGACUGAUCAAGAGACUAAUAGAUUAAAACCUCAGCAGGCCUUGUUCACGUUAUGCAGAAAAAAAUAAAAGUGCUGCAGUUUAGAUACCUCUGGAACUUUUCCACAGUGUCACAGGUUUGUAAUACUUGAAGCCCUACAUUUCUAAGAAUAUAUUUCUUGCUCAGUUGUUUCAGGCAAGCCCAAGACUUUGUAACUUUUAAGGGGCCCAAGAUUUUUUUUUCAAUAACAGACCAGCUUCUUAUUCCUGCAGUUACAGAUGUAAUUUCCUUUGUCAAACAUAAGGUACCAAAUAUAAUGCAAUAAAACCUUUUGAAAAACACCUGUGUGAAUAUUCCAACCGAUCUGUGUUGUACUUGGACAGUGAAUGGGUUUGCUGGAGUGCAGCUCAGGGCUGGCUCACUGUGCUGUCCAGUCAUGCUAACAAUGUCACUGCUGACGAUGGGUGGUCAUUGAGUAUAAAGUGCAAAUGCAUCUGUGUAAAUACUGAAUGUCUGGGAAGUCCUAUAACAAAAUGCUUUGCUACUCGGCUUCUAAGUUCCACCAGUGUUUCCAAGUCAAGCUUCAGUCUAUAAGUCUACUGUGUUAAUAAUAUAGAUAAGUACUCAAAUGUUUUCUUAUGUAGGCUCAUCAUAUAAAACAGCAGAAAUAAACUACAGCUUACAAAG